AUGGGCAACUGCAAUUUUCGAACCGAAAACAAUGACCCUUCUAUAUGUAACCACUAACUCCCCCCCCCUCCGUAAGUGAACAAAACCAUUAGAAAAAUCGCUAUUUUUUGCCCAAAAACCCACCCUCCGUGAGUGAACAAAAAUUUUUUUAAUAGAAAAAUUUUUUAUGGAAAAAAAUUUUUAUAUAUAAAUGAUAAUCAGUAUCAUGAAAUCUAGAGCUAAUUCUGUUUAAUUUUGAACGGAUUGCUUUUUAAAGUAUAAUUUUUAUAAAUUAAAUUAAUAUUUGCUUUCCAAUUUUUGCGAAUUAGGGAUUUUUUUUAAAUUUUCGAAAAAAAUUUUUAUAUAAAAUAUAUAUAUAAAUUUUUUAAAAAAAAAAAAUUAAUCCCUCCGUGAGUGAACAAAAUUUUUUUGUUCACUCACGGAAGGGGGGGGGGAGUAAUCAGCUCUGACCCAUCAUCAAUUCCAAUUCCAGUACCCAAUUGGCAAAGGAGGCUUUGGCAAAGUAUGGCGUGUUGUACACAAAAAAACAAAAAUCCCUUACGCUAUGAAAGAAAUGCAAAAGCGGAGGAUUAUUCACAAAAAAAGCGUGCAUUCAGUAAUGAAUGAGAGAAGACUACUAGCGAUUCUUCGUCAUCCCUUUAUCGUUAAUAUGAGAUUUGCAUUCCAAGACCGAGAAAAUUUAUUCUAAAUAAUUAAAACCAUUAAAAAAAAUUUAAAAAAAUUAUAAAAGUCCUUAAAUAUUAGCAUAAAAUAUAUAUUUAGCUAUGGAUUUGAUGCCAGGAGGAGAUUUACGUUAUCAUCUAGGCAAACAGAGAAGAUUUACAGAGGAACAAACCCGCUUUUUUAUCGUGUGCAUUUUAAACGGCCUUGAAUAUCUGCAUAUGAAUGGGAUUAUUCAUAGAGACAUUAAGCCAGAAAAUUUAGUUUUAGACGAAAAAGGCUAUGUCAGACUAACCGACUUUGGCAUUGCUAGGAUCUGGCAGCCUGAAAACGGCAACGAAACCUCAGGAACUCCAGGAUAUAUGGCUCCUGAAGUAAUUUGUAGGCAAAACCACAAUAUCCAAGCUGAUUAUUUUGCUUUAGGUGUUAUCGUCUAUGAAUUUAUGCUCGGAAGAAGACCUUACCAAGGCAAAAAUCGGAAAGAAAUCAGAGAUGCGAUUUUAGCAAGACAGGCACAAGUAAGGAAACAAGAAAUCCCUGAAGGAUGAUCUGUGGAGGCUGCUGAUUUUGCCAAUAAACUUUUACAGAGAAAGCCACAGCAGAGAUUAGGGAUAAACGGACCAAGCGAAGUAAAAUCUCAUGCGUGGCUAAGAGAUGUGGACUGACAGAGAAUUUUUGAAAAAAGGCAGGCUUCACCUUUUGUGCCAGGCCAGGAAAAUAAUUUUGACAGUAAACAAGUAAUGAAUGAAUGAAAAGAUGAGGCGGAAAUUUCCGAAAUAAAGGAGUCGUCGAUACAAGACUUGUUUGUGGGUUAUUUCUUUGAUGCAACUUUGCAGCCGGAUAACAAUAUUACCCAGCCAAAGGAAAAGGCAUUAAAGAGUUAA